AUGAUGCUGAACACGUUGAGGGAGCUAAACGACUACAGCAACUUCCUGCCGAAAAGAAUUAAGGAAAAUGUGAACAAGGAAAAGUACGAAAUAUUGUGCGAAAUAAGAAAAAUAGUUUCGCUUAAAAAGAAUAACUCUUACAAUGUGACGUUAGUGAUCAAGUUGUACAACUUGUACGAAACCAUCAAUACGACGAAGCACAAAUCUUUUCACUUUUACAUUUUUAUGAUUAAAUAUUUGUGGUACUCCCUGCACAAUAAAAAUAUAAGUCCCAAUUUGAAGUCCUACAUUUGUCAGACCAUUUCUGGGAUUCUAGACAAUAUUAAAAGUCACAUUUUGGACGACUACUUUUUUGAAUAUGAUAAGGAACUCAUUUGUAAAGAUGAAGAGUCGAAUAGUUUUGUCCAACCGGAAGGUUCGGGUGGCACGUCAUAUGAUCAGGGAUAUGGCAGCGAUGUGACGAAUAAUUCCUAUGACGGAAUUAGUGAUCACUACUACGAUGAAUAUAAGUACGUGAAUGAAAACCCCAGUGACGUGGACAGUACCACCAUAAAUGAGAACAAGCCACACAUGCCUGGAGAGCGAUACUACCUAUCCAUUAAUGGGAUUUUCGAAAGGGGAGAAGAAAACAGCAGCUCAUUCUUUAACGAAGAAAUUAUAAUAAACGGGAAGGAUGAAGGAUAUCGGUUAUAUAUUCAAAAGUGCAUAUUUAACAUUAUUGACUAUAAGUACCUGUUUAGCUUAUUUUAUGAUUAUCUGAGUAACAAUUCAAGGAAGCAGGAUGAGUAUAGUCACAAUGCGUAUAAGAAUUUCAUCACGUCCGUUAUUAACCUGUUGGCAAUGUUGAGGCCUUUUUGUUAUUACAACAUCGAUGUGCAUAAUUUGCUCUUUGAUUUUUCGCUAAAUAAUAUGUUUUCCUGGAAAUAUGAGGAAUACGUGGACAUGAGGGCGGAGUGCCUUUUCGGAUGCGCCCAGGAGGAUCAGAACGGUGUCACGGAUGGCACCCAUGAUGAUCAUUGCGUCGGUAAGUUGCAUAGCAACGGGGAUGACUGCUCCAUCUUUUCCAUUAACGUCGAACUGAACCGACGAACCGACAGCGGAGUAAUACUGGACGACAAUUACUUGAAGCACAAACCGGGGGAAGCAGUAAACGCAUUCAUCGGAAUGGCAAACCAACCUCUCCCGCUGCAUGUAGAUCUGGCCACGCACCCAAUUGAUAGGUUAGAAAUCUGUCCAAGAUACAACACGGUGUUUCUAAACUUUGUAAUUCUAAGCCAAUUAGGAUCAGAUGAUUUAUGCUUUAAGUUAAUAAAAUAUGAAAAGGCUCUCCAUCUGUAUAGGAAGUUAAAAAGGUACAACUGGCACAGUAUCAAUUAUGCUUUCGUCAGAAUUGUCUACAAAGGGUUGAAGUAUGCCUAUAUGUAUAACCUCAGUCUGGAAAAGGAAAUGAAAGAGAUAGUUAAACUCCUCUUUUUCCUUUUCCUAUAUUAUAUUAAAUUACCCUGUAAUGUUCAGUUAAGUUCCGCGAAAAAAUACAUUCCGGAUGAUUACAAUUUGCUCAUUAAUGAUGAUGACAGUGUCGUGAAAACUGUUUCGAAGACGUUCGUUUUUUUACUGAACAGAAUGUAUCGAAAGGGGAGGGCAGCCGGGGGGAACAGUGCAGAGGAAGUCAAACAAAAGGAGGUGAACGCAAAGAUAAGGGAGAAAGAGUUACUGCAGGCUUUUCUUUCCCUCUUGAAUGACGAAAAUUUUAAUAUAAGCACCUUCGAUGAGGUGACAAGUGGUGGAGGAGGCAUAAAUGGCGAUGGAGGAAAAGGAAAUAAACGAAGCAUAUCUUCCCUCUUUCAAGACCUGGACACGCACGAAUUCUUUAACGUCAUUACGUGUCUGUUCAUGCCGCACAUACAUCCGUCCAGCGUGGGGAAGCACCUCGGAAAUAUCAACCUGUUCAUAAACACCUUCCUCUUUUGCUUCAUUAGGAAGUUGAAAAGGGAAAAUUUAUACCUAAAGCGGAUGCAAAAUCGCGGCAGCACCCAAACUAGUGUAAAUAUAACCGGUGGAGGAGACCCCCAUAGUGAACCACCCAUUAAUCUGAACGGCGAAUCUGACAAUUACGUGUCAAACUACUUCAUCUCGGAAGAAGACAAAAAGUUCGUGAUUGAAAAGUUCACACAGUUAGCAGUACAGGGAAUGUUCCCCAAGGGUAACAAGGGAGUUAGCCUUUUCGAAAACAUCCUAAAGCACAUAUGCGUGGUGGAUAUUAACUGCCUGGAUAUUUUCGUUAGGAAAAUGUUAGAGUGCCUUAUCAAUGUAAACAUUUCAACCCAAAUAUGUAACUGUCUUUUAUCCCUAUGCCUAAUAUUACCGCUGCUGAUUAGGUAUAAGGCUGGCCAUUUGAAAGACCUGCUCUCCGUUAUGAGCAUGGGUAUUGAUAUCUGCGAUGUGUAUAAAAGUUUUACCAUAUUCUCCUUCCUAAGCAUUUUAUUUUCCUACAUUUGUAUUGUGAAAAUUGACAAUGUAGGAACAGGCAGCGGGGUCGACUUGCAAAUUGCCGUGAAGGAGUACAAAAAAUUUAUGCGCUUGGAAGGAAGUCAGGCGUACACCUUGUAUUCGCUAAAUGAUCAACAGAUUGAAGAAGUUAUGAAAGAGCGCAAAGAACUGGUCGACUACCUAUGCUAUUGGAUCCAUGAAUUUUUUGACAAAAUUUUGUACUUUAUAAAAUUUACAAAAAAUGAGAAAAGUAAAGAUAGCAAAAAGAUGAAUGGGGAAAAGAAAGAAAACAAAGUGGGCAACGAUAUUUACACCGGAUUGAAGACCACACUGAUUUCGCUCUUUAUUCAUUUAGACCACGACAUUUUGUAUGAGCUGUGUCAGAAAUUUUUAAACAACAUUGAUCAGGAAAAUGCAAAGUCUUUGUCCAUUAUUCCGCUGGCCUUCGGUAUGGUAAAUAACAAAAAAAUCUACGACACGCUGUUUAACGCGUUUUAUAAGAAGCUCAUCACGAAGAGGAAGAAAAAGCGUGUAAUACCUGCGGUGACAGGGUCGGAUGGAGCACUCCCCUCACAGCAAGAGGAGGAAUACUUUACCUACUCGAAGAACGAGUACGCCAAUGAUGAUACGAUCAAGUGCUAUUUGCAUUUUCUGUCCAACCUAAUCAGAAGGGCCAAAAAUGAAUACCUCAAUUUGGAGGAUAUUUACAACUUAAUCGAAAUAUAUAUCGUUGAAGAUAACAAUGUUGCCUUUAAGUACAUUUGCAAAAUUAUGUAUCGAUUUCUGGAGGUUAAUUUUUCUCUAUCGGUGAAGGAAUACGCGUGUUUUAAGGUUGAAGAAAAUAUUAGUGCGCAGGAAAAGAUUCGUACCCUUGCGGGGUGGGGCAUCCCUUGGUACAUUCUAAACAGUACGGGAAAGGAGGGGAAGGAAGCAUCGAAUAGAACGUGUGAACAGGGACAAGUGGUGCACACCACCUGCAAUGGUCAGGACGGGGCAGCUAAGGGGGACUACUGCGCCCAUGGGGGAGACUCCCAAGGAGGACUAUUAAACUCGGAUGAACUGGUAAAAUGGAAAACCCCAUCCAAGGAAAAUAUAAAAGUGGGGAAGAAGUUCAUGUACUUUCUGCUGGACUAUGUGCUCGAUCUGAUAAUCCAGUGUGAUGUCCCAGUGUCUACCCCCAAUCUGAUGAAAUACGUGGAGAAGAGAAAAUUAAGGGAAAAAAAAAUAACUUGGAAAUUCCCCCUAAACCAUUCCAAUGUGAUUUCUAGAAUUUACAAAAUAAUUAAAUGUAUUGUUAAGCCACUUAGUUGCUUAUAUCCAGAUGAAAGGUACAACUAUAAUAACCUCCUAACGAAGUGCCACGUGGUGAAUACAAAGCUGUCCUUCCACCUGUAUAUUUACAUGUGUGAAAUUGUGGUAACGUUAUCUUUACACGUUUUGAAGAUACCCAAGCAAAUUUUGAGCAUGUCCUUAUAUGCAAAGUACAGCCCUAACGAUGAUAGAUUGGAGCACAGAUCUUCUUUCAGCUCGGUGAAUAGUGAAAACAGCAUUAACGAUGUGAACGCAAAGCAGCAAAUGUUGGUAGAUAAGAAUGAGUUGAAAAAAUUAAAAGAAGAUUUUUUCACAAAUAUUAUAAAUAAUAGGGAGAAGACUAUCAAAGCAGAUGCAAAAAUGCAGAGAAAAAUUAUCAAGUCCAUACAUUUUCUUCUUUUAAAAUGCAACGAUAGUCCCAAUACGACUAUAUACAAUGACUACAUUAACAGCGUGCUCUCCUUCACCUAUAAUAUGUACCCAUACAGCUACAACUAUGAUAUCAUAAAAAGUCAGUACGUUAAUAACGUAUUAUCUCUGUACAAUGAAAGAUUGAAGCAAAGGAAGAAAAACUACUGCUUUAAGGGGUAUCGAGAACAACUGUGCAAUAUUUUAUUUUUCACCAACUUGUCCAUUUAUUCACAAGUGCGGUCGUAUGCUCAGAGCACCACGAAGCUCGUUUUGCCUACUUUUAAAAUUAUCAAAAUUCCCUUUCUCAAAAUAUGCUCCUUUUAUUUGAAGAAUUACAUCAAGCUGUACAUUUUGGUGAAGAGCGAGCAGCAGGACAAGGGGGCGAUAAACGACCCGACGAAUGGUCCGGUGAACGACCUGACGAAUGGCCCGAUGGACGAAACGACGAAUGCCGUUAUGAGCGCCCCUGCUCACAGCGAAACCCUGAGCAAGCUGAGCAGCAUGAAGAGCCUAGGGGAGCUGAACAACCAUGACUACUUCGAGAACAAGUGCCUCAGUUGCUUCAACGGAAUAUUGAUAAACAUAACGAGCAACUCUGGGCUGAUAAAGAAGAUCAGCACCGAUCUGCACCUGCUGAAAAAGUACAUCAAAAUUAUCCUAAACAUAUUAAGACUGGAAAUGCAAAAAGAUGAAAUAACCCUAAAGUGCAUGAAGCUAGUGUAUGCCAUCAUUAAUAGCAGAUUUAUAAAAAAUCAGGAGGCCACCUCCAUUGGGGAGGAAAAAAAAAAAAAAAAAAGCCUGAACGGAUUAUUUUUAUUUCUAAAGGAGGAGAGCGAAAAGAAGAAUAACGUCUACGCGCAAAUCGUCAUUUUAUCUUUCCUCAUUUGUUAUGAGAACUUUGUAAUUCUCAAUCACAGCGAAUUCUAUUUUAGCUACCUGCUAGAAAAUUUGAUGAUAAAAAAAAACGUCAAUGUGUAUAAUUUGGCCUAUUAUGGAUUUAUUAAGUUUUUAAAAUAUUUUAACAGAAACGUUGAUAGAGGUAUCGUGCCUGCCCAUAUAGUGAACGUGUUCAGGUGCCCAGAUGUGUACAAUAAUUUUGUGGAGGUAUGCAUAUACAAAAAUUUGAAGAGCAAGAAAAAGAGCAAUAGCAUAAAUGCCAUCAUUGUGAAUUUGUCGAAAAUACAAAAAUCUUUUAAAGGUUUUGCUCACAUUGGCGAAACACACGUAAAGGAUUUUUUCUACUAUCAUGAGUUUUUCAAAUUUUUGGUUAAUCUGCAAAAUGAGUAUGAUGAGCAGUCCGGGGGGAAAGCCACACCCGGAUUGGUGCAAACGGGGGGGUCGUAUAACCAGGUGAAGAAACAGGACGACGGGGAAGCCAUACCAGGGGAUGUGCACCAACAGGGUGAAGAACAAACCGAUGCAAACAAACUGGAUAUUUGUGCCCAUUUUAGUUUCUUCCAGAGGAUUAUCGACAAUUUGAAGGAACUGCAACAAGAUGCACAUGCCGACAACGAGUACAAAUCUACGUUCAUUUCGCUAGUGUGCCCUUUGCUUUUUUCGCUAAGAAAGUUAAAAAGGAGGGAAAUGGCAGAUGCAAUUUUGGAAAGCAUAAUUUCAUUACUGGAAAAAGAAAUAGCUGUUGUAAAUAUGGAUGUGUAUACCAUAUGGAUGUAUUAUUUUCACCUACUUUUUAUUAACAUAAAGAAGAAGGAUCUUGACAAGUAUGAGAAGUUGUUUAAGUUUUGUUUGUGUUUCAAUUUUCAAGACACAUCCAAUUUAAUUUUUAAAAAAAAAACCCAGCUGCUAAGUAUUAUGCUUAUGUACAGUAUGCACAAGAACAUCCACCUGAUGGAUGACCAUUUAAUAGAGUUCCUAAAGUUAAUCGACAAUGAUAACAUAACGGUUAGACAAGUGGUGGGGGAUCUGCUAGCCUACUUACUUUACGUACUUCACGAUAAUAGGUAUUAUUCCCACUUGAAGUGCAUCUACCUUAGGAUAUUAAUAUAUUUGUAUAAAAGCGCCUGUGAUGUUAUUGAGUACCUUCAAGGGAAGGAAACCUUGUCCAAACAGUCUAAAUUUAUUUAUACCCUGGAGACGCUAGCUUAUAUUACCAUUACCAUUUUUUCGAUUAGAAGCAUGUACGUGUUAAAUAAUGUGAGCAUUCCCUUUUUGAAAAUGUUUAUUCUGUCCUUCCAACUGGUCGAUAAUUUUAUCAAUGAGAUUGUGAACAAAGCGGUGAACUGCUUCAUGUGCCCCUCUCUCUACCUGUUCGAGUUUGAAAAGAUCAGCUAUGCACAAUGGGCAGGAGAACCAAGCAAUACGUGUAUCACAUGUACAAAUAGUAGCUGCGAAAUAGCCACACCAGAACUAAUUAGUAGCUUCGACUCACUACUUAACGAUCACAUGGGAAAUUUAUUCAUAAAAAAGUUAAGCCACUUGCUAGGCAAAAGCAACUGGAAGAUUCGCAAUUGCGUGUUACAAUUUUGCUUCUACUUCCAUGCGUACUACUGCAUAUUUUUCUACAGCCGAACGGAAAACACCUUCCUCCUAAAUGUCUUCAUAUCUUUGCUAGUCGAUAAUUAUAUUGAGAUCCAAAAUUUAUCUCGUGAUAUUUUGUCCUCCGUGCUUUGUUUCUACGACAGUCAGACGGUUCAGGGCAUUUCCCAAUACUUCUUAACCGUGGCCAAUGAGAAAAGCACAUUACCGUCACCACAGGGGGAGAAUCUACAAACGAGUAAUAGCAACAAACUGUUGGAGAAGAAAAAAACGGUCGCCAUUUACGCCCUUAUCAGUGUUAUCAAUUCGUUCCCGAAUCAUGUCCCCGACUGGCUCCCCAACAUUCUGAUCAGCGUAGCGAAAAUGUCAAAUAAUAAGGUGCAUAUCAUAAAGAAGGAAAUAGAGAAAUGUAUCCAAAACUUUUUAAGAACCCACAAAGACGAAUGGGAGUACAAAUACAAGUUGGUUUUCACGGAGGACCAGCUCAACAUCCUGGACAUGUACAAGGGUGGCCUUAAUUACUUCACCUAA